AUUUUUAAAAUUUUUCGUUAACGAUUCUCCACAAAAACGUCUAAUCAACUUUUCGAUAAGUUUGUAGGGCAGAAACUGGGCCUUGACAUUCCACACCCUGGUAUUAAUACGGUUUCCUAUCUUUCCUAGUGGUGAUUUUUCUAGUCUCUAGUGGUCAGUAUGAGUGCCAGUGAGGAUGAAACCAAGAAGCAACUAGUAGUUAAAUUAGCCCCUUUAACCCCUGAAGUAUUACAAAAAUAUAGCCCUAAAGUACCUAGGUCCCAAAAAAGAGAAAAACUGAGAAAAAAUAUUGUUGGAUUUGAACCGCAUACCCCAAAGGCCAGUAUAGAGUUAACACUUGAACUAAAAAAAGUAAUCAAUGAAAGAAACAUCUUGACUUCGAAAACAAGAAAGAGAGUAUUUGACUGUCUUGAUGAGCUAAAAUCAAAUACAGAGGAGGAGAGCCGCAAUUUCAAGAAAGAAAAGGCCCUUUUAGAAAUUGUUAAUAGUGAAAUAAAGUAUGUAAAACAACUGGAAAUAAUUAUAAACUUUUUUAUGAAACCUGUACAAGAGAAAAAAUUAUUGAAAAUUGAUGAUUAUGAGGUGCUUUUUGGUAAUAUUACCACAAUAUAUAACAUCAACAAAGAAUUGCUAGAGGAGCUGGAUAAAGGGUUUGAUAAUGUUCCACAUGCAUUUUCAAAAAUUGCUCCAUUUUUGAAACUCUAUUCUGUAUAUGCAUAUCAGUUUAGGAAUAAUUUGAAGAUAUUACAGAAUGCAAGAAGUUGUAACCCAGCUUUUGCAAGUUUCAUUGAAAGCCAGGAAACCAGGCCAGAAGUACAAACUAAACUGUCGGCACUUUUAAUAACCCCGAUUCAGAGAGUUCCAAGAUACAAACUAUUAUUGACUCAUUUGUAUGAACUUUCAAUUCCAAAGGAUAAAAAUUAUAAACUGCUAAAGGAAUGUAUGGUAAAAAUUGAAGAAGCAGCCAGUCACAUAAAUAAAGUAGUGGAUCAACAAGAAAAUGCUCAAAGACUUUUAGAAUUACAUAGAUAUAUGCGUGCAGGGGAGCCCAACAUUAUUACACCUGGUCGUGUAUUAAAAAAGGAGGGAAUCCUUCACAAAAUGUCCACGAAAAAAAAUGGCCACAGUGAAAAACUGUAUGUUGUACUUAUGAAUGAUAUAAUUCUAUUUACCAAAAUGAAAAAGGAGCAUUUACUAGUGGGUUCCUUGAAAGUUUGCAACAUUUUUCCACUUAACAAAACUAAAAUAACCGAGAUUUUAGACAAGGGUUGCAUGAAACUCACUAGCCAAGAAGAAGAAUUGAUAUUAUAUCAUGAUCAACUAAGUGAAAUGGUUGCUUGGGUUGAAAGCAUACAAAAUGCAAUUGACAGUUAUUUAGAAGAUAGAACUUUAAGGAAGGAAAGUUCCAACCGAAGAGCUGUUAAGAGAAAAGAUAUCAAUGAAUACCAUGAAAUAGGUGUUAGCCCUGGACAACCUUUAAAGAAAAGAAAAACACAGGCACCAACCAGACCCCAAGACGUAAAUUCCACACCGCAAUUGCACCAUAGAAUUGCCGCAAGGCGUUCUAUACAUUCUGCCUACAAUUCAACCCCAAUCAAAUUAGAAGACAACCCUGAAACUCUCCAUUUAAAUGGGACGGGAUUUCCCAUGUUGGAAACUAGCGCUUUUUCAAACGAUAAUGAUUCGAAAAUUGAAGAAAGUGCAAAUGAAGACACUCUGAAACCAAAGCCGGAUCAAGAGAAAGUUGAUGGAAAAGAUGAAAUAUUUGUUUUUGGAAGGCAGAAUAACGACCAAAAUGUUAGUAAAAUAAGCAGUUUCUUUAAAAGCUUUGGGACAGGGAUUAAAGGUUUCUUAGGUUUUAAGAAGCACUAGUGAAGUUGAUAAUUUUAAUGCAAUUUUUUUAUUUAUUUAACAUGUUUAUAGUAAAUAAACAGAACAUUUCAUACAAAAGAAAAAGAAA